GUCCGAUCGGCUUUCUUCAACAGUAAAUCAUCUAUAGCUUAAAGCUUCAGUUUUGGGUCUGCACUCGUCCAUCCUCCAUGAACGGUUUCUGCAGAGAACUCAGGACUGCUAGUUUUCGAACAAACUUGCGCUCAUACUCUAAUCAUACUAGUCUUGCGUCUGCAGCAGCACAUCGUAACCGCUGGUUCCUCUAUACCCGUGCUUUCUCUGCUUCUGUAGAUGUAGAGCCUUCGGAUACACCAAAACACAAGCCAAAAGCAAGCACACCACUUCGUCGUAGUGCGUCUGCAUCGAUACCCAUUCGCUCCAACCCGACACCUACUAGAAGUUCUAUCAAGCCUGUGAUCACUCUUGCGACAGCAGAACGAUACCUAUUGUCAAGACUACGUUCUCGUCUUCCGGAUGCUCAGACACUUCAUGACUCCUGGUGGGUUCCACAAUGGGGUGACGGGGGCGAGAUUUUUGUGUUCUCAAAUGGAAGUUUUGUGUGCUGGGGUCUUGGAGAGGGAGAAGCGCGACGAUUUGCACGAGAAAUCCUUGCCCCUAGUGAGGUUGGCCGGUUAAAGGAUCCAGAGACAGAGGAACUGGAAUUUGUAACAGAUCCAACAGAAAAAACUCGGAUACAAGGAGAUUUAAUCAUACUUGGACGUGUAGCACCACUCGAAUACCCUGAAAAUGCCCCUACCGUACCGCCAGUUUCCCCUGCACUCCCCGCAGAUACCCUUCUGGCACGAUAUACAUUCUCCCAAGCACUAUCGCGUUCUACAGCUCUUUCAGGUCUUGAAGAAUCGCUUGAGGACUAUCUCUCCUCCGUAGCACUUCUCCCGCACUCCCUCGAGAAGACGGGAAAGCCUGGUCUGAGCAGGGAAGCCCUUAUCAAGAAGCUCGGAGCGCUUAUGAAGUUUCGCCAGGGCCUUAAUCUCAACAGGGAGAACUUCUCUGAUACCCCAGACUUGUACUGGACUGAGCCUGAAUUAGAAGGUUUCUUCAAAUCGAUGACGACGGCUCUCGAAGUGAAGGCAAGAACCAACGCGGUCAAUGAGAAAAUCACCUAUGCCACAGAGGUGCAAUCAACUCUCCGUCAGCUACUUACGGAGUCAUCUACUCAUCGGAUGGAACUUGUGAUCAUCGCCCUUAUUGCUGUGGAAGUUGUCAUCGCUCUGAUACGGGAUGGCCCCGAACUCUGGCAAAUGGUUUUUGGAUCAUCUCAUGUUGAAGAUAAGAUACCAGCACCUCAUUCAUAGGUGAUCAAGAUCCCUGGUCCUCAUUGGGCAGGAAUCUUUACGAUUUGUGGGUGCUGUUCUGAAUUCAGACGUCAUUCGUGUUGAUCGGAUUGACCCAGAGCUCCACCUUAGUACAUUGCAUUAUGUAUUUACACUAUUCAACACUCGCAAGCUUGCACAUAUUUAUCGUGGUCAAUCUCCACUCAAUCUACAUUGUUGUGUCGUUUC